AUGAACCACGAUCGACGCUAUGUUUGCCCGGACGACAUCUGCAAGUACGCUACUCCGGACCAAACGAACCUCAUUCGCCACAUCAAAAGAAAGCAUCCGCAGCUCGAGCUCAUCUACAAGCCGGCGGACUUGUUCCCGUACAGUUGUGAAGAAUGUGGCAGGCGCUACAGGAGUGCCGCCAGUCUCCCUUCCCAUCGCAGGAGCAAGCAUCCGGAGCUCCUGAAAGCAAAAGCACCGGAAAAAGAGCUUCCGCCAGUGAUCUGCCCCGGUUGCGAUGGGCGAUUCUAUUCGCACGAGAAGAUGGUGUCGCAUUAUGCCGAGAAGCAUGAGGAAGCGGCCGAAUUGUUCGACAUGUCCCUGGAAAACGAUAAGGCCUUCAUCCGUUGGCUGAAGGAGCUCGAGUUCGAGCUGAGCUGCAGCUUCUCCAUCCGCGACUCCAAUCCCAAGUGCCGGCGAUAUCGUUGUACGCGUGUCGGGUUGCGGAAGCCGAGCAAUAGAGACUUGGCUGAUUGCACGGCAUUUGUACAGGUUCGAUUCGACGACAUCGGACGGGCGUUAGUCCUUUUCUGUCGGCAUCAUUCCCACGAGUGCCCGCCGGAAGCACUGCGGCUCUACUCUUCGCUUAUGGAGGAUGAGGUGAUCAAGAUGGUGCAGAUGGGAAAAACCACCCGGGAAAUCCUGCAGCACUUCAAGAAUGGAUUUCCGAGCGGCGUCCCGGCCAGGCCAACCGUUUCGUACAAUCUGACGGCCAAGGAAAAGCGGCGGCGGGAAGGCCGAUUGGAAUAUUUGAUCCAGUGGAAAGUCGGAGACACGAACCCGAGCAACGCGACAUGGGAACCAGAAGAAAACGUCUCUUGCCCGGAAGCGAUUGCGAAUUACGAGCGACAACUAUUGAAAGUGAAAACGAUGAUCAAGGGCGAAGAGGAGCUGGCAAACGAGGCGGCCGAAGUGGAAAAGAUUCUCGGAUUGGCCGAGAAUUCGGGGGAACGAUAUUACUUGGUGAAAUUCACGAACAAGGCUUGCCGAUUGGUGCCGAUGGCCGAAGCGAAUACAAAGUGGCCGGCGCAAGUUAUCCAGUAUUACGACCAGAACCUCACUUUGGAAGAGAAA